AUGCCAACAAAGAAGGGCGAAGAAAAAUGGGAGCAGCGCAACGGGGCGGAGUGGCAGUCCUCCUCACUUUGCCAAGAUGUACAGGUGCCGAGACGCCGAGCCCUUGGCAAACCGCCCUUGAAUUCUUGGGGUGAAAGGCAUUUUGCGCCGCUGCCUCUUCUCGGCCCCGUCGCGCGCGCCCUGCCGUUUUGCGAUGCGCUGCGGGUUUUCGGGACGGAACUGGCAGCGUCGACGCGCGAGCGGGAAGGAAGCGGCGGGCGCUGGCGGAGACGCGAACGCGAUCUCCGUGCGCCAAGCCCAGUCACCUGCGAACCUGCGGAGAUCGCCCUUGCUCCGGCGAAUCAUAUUGCCCUGCUCCGCCCAGCCGUCGAUUCUUUGCUCGCCUGGCUGUACCUUUUAUCGUCUUCACGCCCCCCCUCCCCCCGGUCACAUUACCGUACAUAA